UCUUCAUUUCAUUUUAAAUUAUCAGUUUAUGUGUAUAUAUAUAUAUAUAUACAUUCUCAUUAAUUAAUUAAUUAAUUAACGUGCGUUCUCUUCUCCGGCGUCAAUUCUCAAUUCCUUUGCCAUGCGUGGCUUCCUCCGUCGUCAUCUCUGCUAGGGUUUGCUUUCUCCGAUCUCCGCCGCACCACCACCACCACCGCAGAGAUGUCGCGCCAGUCGACGUCGUCUGCGUUCACCAAAUCGAAGACGCUCGAUAACAAAUAUAUGCUGGGAGAUGAGAUUGGGAAAGGAGCUUAUGGUCGAGUGUACAAAGGUUUGGACCUGGAGAAUGGAGAUUUUGUUGCAAUUAAGCAAGUUUCUUUGGAGAAUAUUGCUCAGGAGGAUCUUAACAUCAUUAUGCAAGAGAUUGAUUUGUUAAAGAAUUUGAACCACAAAAACAUUGUAAAGUAUCUUGGAUCCUUAAAGACAAAGAGUCACCUGCACAUAAUUCUUGAGUAUGUGGAGAAUGGCUCACUUGCAAAUAUUAUCAAGCCAAAUAAAUUUGGACCCUUUCCAGAAUCAUUGGUUGCUGUUUAUAUUGCCCAGGUGUUGGAAGGCUUGGUUUAUCUGCACGAGCAAGGUGUUAUCCAUCGGGAUAUUAAGGGUGCAAACAUAUUGACAACUAAAGAGGGUCUUGUCAAACUUGCUGAUUUUGGUGUGGCAACAAAAUUAACAGAGGCUGAUAUUAAUACCCAUUCAGUUGUUGGAACACCAUACUGGAUGGCCCCAGAGGUUAUAGAAAUGUCCGGGGUUUGCGCAGCUUCUGACAUUUGGAGUGUUGGCUGUACGGUUAUUGAACUUCUUACAUGUGUUCCUCCUUACUAUGACUUGCAGCCUAUGCCAGCUCUUUUCCGAAUUGUACAGGAUGAGCAACCUCCAAUUCCUGAUAGCCUUUCACCUAACAUUACUGACUUUCUGCAUCAGUGCUUUAAGAAGGAUGCAAGACAAAGGCCUGAUGCGAAAACGCUGCUGUCUCACCCCUGGAUCCUAAACUGUAGACGUGUCCUGCAGUCUUCUCUUCGUCAUAGCGGAACAUUAAGAACUAUAAAGGAUGAUGGUUCUGCAGUUGCAGAAGUUUCUGGUGGCGACCAUAAGAGCACUGGUGAAGGAUCUUCUGUGGAGAAAGAGGACUCUGCAAAAGAGUUUUCAACUGGGGAAGCUAAUAGCAGGAAAUCUCAUGAAGACAACGCUUCAGAUUCUAAUUUUUCCAACGAGAGAACAGAGAAGGAAGAUGAUAUUCCAUCAGAUCAGGUUCUUACUUUAGCCAUUCGUGAGAAGUCAUUUCUACGAACUGGUUCUGGCAAUCUCUCUUCUAGUAUAGAAGUGGUUAGUGCUGAGCCAACUGGCACUGAAACUUCAAAUGCUAAAGACCUUCAUGAAGUCAUAAUGAAUGGAGAAGUUGAAUCUCCACAAUCAAGAGGAAAGGCUAAUAUGGCUGUAGGAAAAGACAGUUCUAUCAAUAAUCGCACUAAACCAUUUGCUUUUGAACCAAGAGGACAAGAUAGUGGUUCCCUAAAGGCAAUGAAGAUACCGCCCCCUGUGGAAGGAAAUGAGCUGAGUAGAUUUAGUGACCCUCCAGGAGAUGCCUACUUAGAUGACUUAUUUCAUCCAUCAGAUAAGCAAUCUGGGGAGGUUGUGGCUGAGGCAUCCACAUCUACAUCUACUUCACAUAUAGCUAAAGGUAAUGUAUCUAUGAAUGAUGGUGGGAAGAAUGACCUUGCCAAAGAGUUGAGGGCUACAAUUGCUCGAAAGCAAUGGGAGAAGGAGAGUGAAAUUGGGCAGGAAAACAAUGGUGGGAACCUUUUACACCGAGUGAUGAUAGGUGUUCUAAAAGACGAUGUUAUUGAUAUAGAUGGUUUGGUCUUUGAUGACAAACUUCCUGGAGAAAACCUUUUUCCUCUACAGGCCGUUGAGUUCAGCAAAUUAGUUGGUUCUUUAAGAACAGAAGAAUCAGAAGACGUGAUUGUCUCUGCUUGUCAGAAACUUAUUGGUAUAUUUCAUCAACGCCCAGAGCAGAAGAUUGUAUUUGUUACCCAGCAUGGUUUACUUCCUUUGACUGACUUGCUAGAAGUUCCUAAAACGCGCGUCAUAUGUUCUGUGCUUCAGCUUAUAAAUCAAAUAGUUAAAGACAACACUGAUUUUCAAGAAAAUGCAUGUCUUGUUGGAUUGAUUCCGGCAGUCAUGAGCUUUGCAGUAUCUGAUCGUCCUCGAGAGAUUCGUAUGGAAGCGGCUUAUUUUUUACAGCAGCUUUGUCAGUCAAGUUCUUUGACAUUACAAAUGUUUAUAGCUUGCCGUGGGAUACCUGUUUUGGUGGGAUUUCUUGAGGCUGAUUAUGCCAAGUACAGGGAGAUGGUUCAUCUGGCUAUUGAUGGCAUGUGGCAGGUGUUUAAACUUCAGCAGACAACGCCUAGAAAUGAUUUUUGUCGGAUAGCUGCAAAAAAUGGGAUACUCCUUAGGCUUAUAAAUACCCUUUAUAGCUUAAAUGAGUCAACUCGAUUAGCUUCUAUGUCUGCUGGGGGUGGAUUUCUGGCUGAUGGUUCGGCUCAACGGCCACGUUCUGGUAUCUUGGAUCCUGCACACCCUUUUAUGAAUCAGAACGAUGCACAGCUAUCUUCAGCAGAUCAGCAAGAUCUCUCUAAAGUGAGGCGUGGUGUGCUGGAUCAUCACUUAGAGCCUAUGCAUGCUUCGUCUUCCCAUCCUCGAAGAUCAGAUGCUAACUACCCAACGGAUGUUGAUAGACCUCAAUCGAGCAAUGCAGCAGCUGAAGCUGUGUCACUGGGGAAGAGUUUGAAUCUCACUUCGAGGGAAUCUUCAGUAGUUGCAUUGAAAGAGCGAGAGAAUGUGGAUCGUUGGAAAACUGAUCCUUCUCGGGCUGAAGUUGAACCCAGACAGCAGCGUAGUAGUAUUUCUGCUAACAGGACAUCAACAGAUAGGCCUCCAAAAUUGGCAGAACCUUCUUCGAAUGGGCUAUCAAUGACAGGAGCUACACAGCAAGAACAAGUUAGGCCUCUUCUUAGCUUGUUGGAGAAAGAGCCUCCAUCUGGACGCUUUUCAGGACAGCUUGAGUAUGUCCGUCAGUUUUCAGGAUUAGAGAGACAUGAAAGUGUACUCCCUUUGUUACAUGCCACUGAAAAGAAAACAAAUGGUGAACUAGACUUUUUGAUGGCAGAAUUUGCAGAUGUUUCUCAACGUGGGAGGGAAAAUGGAAAUCUUGACUCCAGUGCUAGAGUGUCUCACAAAGUUGCUCCCAAGAAAUUAGGGACUUUUGGUUCUAGUGAAGGAGCUGCUUCUACAUCUGGGAUUGUAUCUCAGACAGCAUCAGGUGUACUGUCUGGUUCAGGUGUUCUAAAUGCUAGACCAGGUAGUGCUACUUCAUCUGGGCUACUUUCCCACAUGGUUUCAUCAUUGAAUGCAGAUGUUGCAAGAGAGUACCUGGAAAAAGUGGCAGAUCUUCUGCUUGAAUUUGCACAAGCUGACACAACAGUGAAGUCGUACAUGUGUAGCCAAAGUUUGCUUAGUCGUCUUUUCCAGAUGUUCAAUAGGGUGGAGCCUCCUAUUUUGUUGAAGAUACUGAAGUGUAUCAAUCAUCUGUCAACUGAUCCAAAUUGCUUAGAAAAUCUUCAGCGUGCUGAAGCCAUUAAACACUUGAUACCAAAUCUUGAACUCAAAGAAGGGACUCUUGUAUCAGAGAUACAUCAUGAAGUUCUGAACGCACUGUUCAAUUUAUGCAAGAUAAAUAAGAGAAGACAGGAACAAGCAGCUGAAAAUGGAAUCAUUCCCCAUUUGAUGCAAUUCAUCACAUCAAAUUCUCCCCUGAAACAAUAUGCGUUGCCUCUGCUAUGUGACAUGGCUCAUGCAUCUCGCAACUCAAGGGAGCAGUUAAGGGCUCAUGGUGGUUUGGAUGUCUAUUUGAACCUUCUUGAGGAUGAACUUUGGUCUGUGACAGCACUAGAUUCAAUUGCUGUUUGCUUAGCCCAUGACAAUGACAACAGGAAGGUUGAACAAUCAUUGCUGAAAAAGGACGCAGUUCAGAAGCUUGUGAAGUUCUUCCAGAGCUGUCCUGAGCAACAUUUUGUACACAUAUUGGAGCCAUUUUUGAAAAUCAUCACAAAAUCUUCCCGGAUCAAUACCACAUUGGCUGUUAACGGAUUAACACCAUUGCUCAUUGCAAGGCUUGAUCAUCAGGAUGCUAUAGCUCGUCUUAAUUUACUCAGGCUAAUAAAGGCUGUUUAUGAGCAUCAUCCGCAGCCCAAGAAGCUGAUUGUGGAGAACGAUCUUCCUGAGAAACUUCAAAACUUAAUAGGGGAACGGAGAGAUGGACAAGUGUUGGUGAAACAGAUGGCUACUUCAUUGCUUAAAGCUCUACACAUCAACACCGUAUUGUAAAUUUAGAUUUACAUGGUCAUUUUCUUUAAUGUAUAUUUAGAUUUUAUUGGGGAAAGAUACUUAUCCUUGUAUAUAAGUUUCCCCUUAUAUUUUCUCGGUUUGCUUAUUUUACUGUUUGGUUGAGUGAGAAAAAUUAGCAUAGGCUGAGGUAUGUUUUUGACUCUCUUGGAUAGUAUUUUUGUUGGUGGCUGAUUUUUCCGGCUUGAGUUGCCGAAAUGUUUUUGCUUUUUUGGCCAACUGUAUAGUUCUUUUAGUAUGGAUGCGAGGUGGAAAAUUUUCUGGUGCUAUCAAGAACUAUUUGUUUAUUGAA